GCUCGGCGGCGGGAGCUGCGGUCCCGCCGGGGCACGGCCAUGGAGCCCUCGCCCAAAGACGGCGAGAGCGCGGCGGCCGCCGAGCCCGGCCGGGGCGGCACGGCCCCGUCCAGCGGGGUGGUGGUGCAGGUCCGGGAGAAGAAGGGCCCCCUGCGCGCCGCCAUCCCCUACAUGCCCUUCCCCGUGGCCGUCAUCUGCCUCUUCCUCAACACCUUCGUGCCGGGGCUGGGAACGUUCGUGUCGGCGUUCACCGUGCUCUGCGGGGCCCGCACCGACCUCCCGGACCGGCACAUGUGCUGCGUCUUCUGGCUGAACAUCGCCGCCGCCCUCAUCCAGAUCCUGACGGCCAUCGUCAUGGUGGGCUGGAUCAUGAGCAUCUUCUGGGGCAUGGACAUGGUCAUUCUUGCAAUCUCACAAGGCUACAAGGAACAGGGGAUCCCACAGCAGCUGUAGUGGCUGGGACAAGUAUGGUCAGAGAAACACGGCGAGAGAUUUCCUUUGGCAGCCAUGGGCCACGGACCUUUUCAUUACCCUUUGUCUCUCUUCUUGUCCCCUUUGUUUUGUCUCCUUGUGUCUGCCCGGUUCACCUGCCCGUCCAGCGGAGCGGAGAUGCAGAGCAGCCGGCGCAGACUUGCACUGAUGCCCCUGAGCAGCGGAGAUGAGGCAAGCAAGGCUUGGCUUGGACUGGUCCCGGCCAGCACGCGGGGGGCGGCCGAUGAGGAGGACGAGGGUGCCAGGACAAGGAAACACCCUUGGCAAAGGUGGCACCUAGGCAGGCAGCUGAACCAAGGGAGAGGGAGAUCCUGCCUUCCUUCUGCUCCCAGGGGGAGGUCGCUGAAGAUGUUUUGCCUCCUUUUUAUGCUUGCUGUUAAAGGACGCUGGCUGUGAACAUCAAAUGCCAAGGAGCUAUUCAUAGAUGUAUGUACAGGAUGUAAAAGCAAACCAGUGGUACUUUUUUCCCCACCCUGAGAUUCCAUCCGUGACUGCUUUGCAGUAGUGGAGGGUCCAACCCAGCCUCCUCUGCUGCCUGUAUAUAUAUGAUGUUCACUGAAGCUCUGUCCCCACAGAUGUCUUGAGAAACGUGCUUGCUGUAAAUCAUAUUGUACCGCUGAAGUGACCGGGGCCAUCCCCUGCUUCCAUCCGCUGCCACCAUGCAAAGACCAGAGCUCCCACCAGCCCAGGGAACACUUUUCCUAGCACAGGACUGAUGUCCUGCAGCACCUCGCCUAUAGAGCAGCAAAUACUGCCAAAAGCCUCUCAUCUAAAACAAUACUGGGGAGCCAAAGAAUGAGACUUUUCCUGCCCCUGAAAGGGACUUGUUAGCAGUGUCUCCAUGCUUUGAAAAUGGAUCCCCUUAGAGCACAAUGAGUGCUCCUGGCUGAAGCAGCAUCCCAGCUCUGCUUCCCCAGGGUAAAAUUAACGACCCAGUGCUUUCACACCUCCUUCCGAAGCAUUGCAGAGGGGACAACACCUCCACCGGGGCUGGAUAACUCCCUUCCCUCCUGUGGGAGCUGUGCCUGUGACCAGCUGCAAACCAGCACAGCCAGAGGGCACAGCCCGAGCCCUUCCUGUGGUCCCAAGUGCAUGGCCCCCAGCUAUCCCAGCACCAUCACCUGCUUUGUAAAUGUAGAUGUUUGACAUGCGAGUUUUACAGCUAAAGAGUGAUGUGGGUAAUGAAGAAUAAAUGCAGUUGCUUCACCCCCAUCUGCCAGCAACACAGAAUUUUCUGCUGCUCCUUUCUAAUUGUGAAAACCAGGUUUCUCAAAACCAAACCAAACCAAAACAACAACCAAAACAAAAAAAGGGCUUUAAUGAAAUAGCUUCUUGGUACUUGAACACAGCUGGGCUGAAAAACUACUCAUUGGAAAGCAAUUCUAGGUAGGAACCAACUCAGUGAAAAACCAGCUUCAUCCUGGGUCAGCCCCCAUUGCAACACAGGGCACAGGACCAUUUUCCCAAGUUCAUUGGUGUUGCCAAAUCCAUAUUUACCAUGGAGAAGAUGCUUUGGCGGGUGACUCCCACCCUCCCAGCCUUUUGCCUGGUCGGCCAUACUGCUCCUCUCAGCUGUGGCAGUCACAGCAGGGAAGGUCACUGGGGCUUUGUGCUGGGAGCAGCUCUGGCACACAGAGCCAUGGGGUCAGGAGAGUUAGAUGUGAGAGGGGACUCCACCUUCCCAAGACACAAAGCAUGUCCCUCCCCCUGUGCACUGACUUUCAGACAUUUUAUUAAAGACCUUCCAGUUGUGCUGGAAAUUGCCCAUUAAGUCUUGCUGCGAGUGCUGUGCUGAGCUCUGUGGACAGGAAGCUGAAGCUCACAGACCCAGUAUUCUUCAGAGGGCUGUUUUAUUCCUUGCCUCCUGCUUGUUCUAGGCUGACUUUGCAGUUCACAGACAUGCAUACACUCCAGCCAGGGUGCAUUUUAUUGCUGCUCAGCCCAAACUGCAUCCACUGCAAGACACCACCAAGAAUUCCUUGACAUCUAAACCCCAGGUACAAGGAGACCCUGGCUAGAUCUGGCACUCCUCCCAGGUAAAAGCAAUGUCUUCUCCCACACACUUGCUAACCAUGGUGUGGCAACACAGCCCUGUAUUUUCCAGCUGACUUUGCUUCACGCUCACACACACUAUGCACUUUGAAGCAGUGCUGCAAUUUAUUUCCCAAACUGGCCCUCAGCAUUCCCAUCCCCCUGUGGGAGCAGCAUGGUGCAAAACCCCAGGUCACAGUGGCACCAUCUGAACCAGGGCUAACUACAGUGAAUCCCACCAGAGUUCAUGCUACCCACAACCCAUCCUACCUCCUCUUGUCAUCUGUACGAAUACCUAAGCCAGGCUAAAAGUCAAGUCCUGCUUCUCUUGCACCCACCCAACUGGCCAGAGGGAAGCAACAACAUCCUGUCCCCACUGGUGGAAUGGUGCAGUGGGAAGUGAAGGUUUUGUUCAGGCUCUAAGAAUGGCAAAGGCCAGAGUAGCUCAAUCCAUCUUCCAGCUCUGAGAAUGCUUUCAACAGGCAGGUGAAAGGGAAUGGCACAUUUUGGCUUGGGAUCAAAACGGGCUCACCUCUACCAGCACUGCUGGAGGUGAUGGCAGUGCUCCCCCAGACACCCAGCAAGAGAUCCCACCUGGCCCAUACCCCUCCUUCAGCCACUACACACUGGCACAGGUUGUUCCCAAGGCUGGGAGGGGGAUUGCUGGCUCAAGUCUGUGUUCUCCUUGGCUUUGGCCAUGCAUGGGUACCUCAGAAUUUCCACUUUAGGAAGGAGGGAGCUGGCGCCUGCCCACCUGUGUUGUUUGCACCUUGCUGGUAAGCCCACCUUUCAUUUUCAUACUGGAGGCCAAACUGAGGGGUUGCAGAGGACCAUUUGUAUGCCUAUUUAUAUCACUGAGUAUUGGAUUGUGACUUCUUGUGUUUUGAUACUGUGGAUAUAUUUUUUUUUUAAGUUAAAUAUAUUCUAUUGCUGAACAGCUGGAA